AUGAAGUCCAACUUCUCACUCAUUCUCACCCUCAUUUUAGCAACGUCAGUCUACCACUCCAAGGCUGCUCAAAGCGAUUGCCGAAAGAAAUAUACCGGCAAUAUUGCCCUCGGCACCAAUCAAGUAGGAACCGGUGGCCAGCAAAAUACGCUUGGUCAAGUCGGAAAAGGUGAUUAUAAAGCCGUUAGCUUUGCUUUUUGGGAAUGCAAGAUCAACAACUAUUAUCGCUCACCGGAUGAAUUCGGUUUCUUGGUAGCCGAUGGCGUUAACCCGAGUAAUUGUGCAACUGCUGUACUCGGGGAUGUGAACGGUGCGACCGUUAACCAUCAAGCGUGUGAUUUCGACGGAAAGGAUAAAGAUAAGAUUAACCGACAACUGGUUUAUGCGAACUAUUACCGACCAAAUGGUGGGGACGCUAACGUGGACAUCUUUUUCCAAGGGAGUCCAUUAAUCCCAACUCGUACCGGAUUCGAUUCAAAGCACGCACUUUUGUGGCAAGGUCAGGAAAAAGGAGGUUUAGAGGUUGGGCAACUGGUGGUAAACAAUCAAACAUCUCAAUUGAACUACGACCGUUUAACACUCCAUGACGUUUCAAUUGCUGCAACCGAUUCUUUGGUAAGCCAUCAACAAACCACUAGUGAAGGAAAGAUUGUUAAAGACGUUAAAGGCGGAUUACCCGUUACUUUUGCCGCAAUGCCGGCAAUGCCAGGUACUACAAACAACUUUGCAGCAACUGGUGCUUCUGGUACUCCCAGUAUCGAUAAGAGCAAGUUGUUUUCCAACUAG